CGGAAAGCUAGGAAGAGCCAAGGAUCGUUUAUUGAUACUUAUUGUUAAAAGUUACGAAAUGGAAGGUCAAGUGCAGACGAAAGCAUAACUGACUCAAGUUUACUCGGAUGAUGACCGGAUACAUGGUAAAAGAAGACAGGAAUUAUGGUGGGAUGAUUUAACCGUUGAAAGUGUUUAAGAAGCAUUGGUUGUCAGCGGUAGGCGGUAGUUAAAGAAUAAUCUUAAAUUGGUCUCCGGUUAUCUUCGUGCUCGAAAUGAUAUAGAGAGACUGGUCAAGUGUCAGAAUAUGCAGAUUAAUCUCUUUGACAUUAUCAAAACUCUCUCUCUCUCUCUCUCUCUCUCUUUUUCUCUCCGAUCGUACAUGAAUAGUCGUGUAAGACAGUACGAUAGACAGACGGAGAGAAGUUGAUUGUGUACAGACAAAGAAAGUUUGGACAAGACAAGCGUGAAGUUGGCUGAACAAACAAGUUGGAUAUUGUGGGUCAUGAAAGUCGGGAGAGCACUGCUUUCCAAACUUCCGAAGAGAAUCAACCAAGUGAUAGAUAAUUUGGGACGGACGACUUCGCAAACCUGUGAAAACUCGGCGUUAGCUAUGUCGUUGUCGCUCAAGGAGAACGAGAAAUCGAAGAUCAUGGUGGCACCGAAGGAAGAGGUCAUUCGGUACAUCGCCGAUUCACUGGUGAAGGUCGGGGCCAGUAAAGAGGACGCCAUAACCGUAGGUGAACAUUUGUUCACGGCCGAUUAUAGGGGCCACUUUAGCCAUGGCAUGAACCGUAUGGAGAUGUACGUUCAAGAUGUGACGAAAAAGUUAACCGAUCCCAAGGCUAAACCUCGAAUAAUAACCGACUUCAAGGCAGUAGCAACGGUGGAUGGGAUGAACGGUUUCGGGCAAGUCACCGGUAAGUACUGCAUGGAGUUGGCGAUGAAGAAGGCUAAGGAGUACGGAAUAGGAAUGGUGACGUGUCGAGGUUCGAACCACUACGGAAUAGCGGGGUACUACUCGCUGAUGGCGAUGUCGGAUAACCUGAUCGGCUUCUCGUGCACGAACACGAGUCCUCUGAUGGCACCAACACGAAGUCGAGUCGCGGCGCUUGGAACGAACCCCAUAUCGUUGGGGGUUCGGGGUUCGGAGUCGAAUGACGACUUCGUCUUGGACAUGGCGACGACCUGCGUUGCCGUUGGUAAAAUGGAACUUGCAGCCCGUAAGGGUGAGCCGAUUCCCGAGGGUUGGGCCCUCGGUCCGGAUGGAAAACCGACCGUCGACGCGGCUGAAGCCGUCAAGACCGCCUGCCUCAUGCCACUCGGUGGCGAGGAGCGGAACUCUGGUUACAAAGGUUACGGAAUGGGCCUGAUGGUCGAGGUUCUCUGCGGUAUACUAGCCGGCAGUAAAUUCGGGCCUAAUAUAAGAAAGUGGGACUCAAGUUCUGGCGACGCUGUAGCCGAUUUGGGACACUGCUUCCUCGCCAUCGAUCCCGACGGUUUUGGUCCCGGUUCCAAGGACCGUCUUACCGAUUUGGUGGGACAGUUGAGGUGUCUUCCAACCACCGGUGACUUGCCCGUUUUGAUACCCGGCGAUCCGGAGCGGGCCCACAUGCGGAAAGUCGAUCUCGACGGCGGAAUCACUUAUCACGAUAAUCAGAUUAGGGCCUCGAAAUUGUUCGCCGAAAAAUUGGGAGUCCAAGCUAUGAGGCUCGUGGAGAAGAGAACUCAAAACGAUGACUGAUCGUACGUGUCUCAUCUCUUGUACAAUUUUUCAUGUUGUGAGUAAGCGUUUUUCUUCUCUUAAAUUCUUUUACUGACUUUGGAUAGUUUACUUUUUUUUUUACUUUCAUAAUGCCUUCGGUAAAUCGAGAAACAUCGCUUUUCGAAUGGCUGCUAUCUUUAUAUCUUGUCCGUACGAUUUGAACGGGAAAUUUUUCCGAGAUAUGCUCUACACAUUGCAGAAUCGAUUGUAUACGAAUCUACUUUACAUUAUUGACAUUAUAUGUAACAGAAAUUUAAAAAAGUCUUUACACAAAAUAAAAAAGUUAAAAUAAAAUAAAAUAAAAGAAUAACAAUAAUAAUCGAAAAUUUUUCAACCAUUGUGUACACCCAAUCUUCCUCUUUUCAAACAAUUGUGUUGAAUAUAAUAUGUCAUAAGAGAAUAACGCAAAGAAUGCAUUAUUCUUUUGUUACCUAAUGAUAUUUCCGUUUAUCUUGAAUACCUUUGUUAUUUGCUGAUUGUUUUUUUUAACGACUAAAUAUCUCCUAAUUAUAUUGUUACACAAAUAUAUGCUUGUGCAGCUCCACGUGUUCUAUUAUCUAAGAAAUUAUAAAUUGUUAAAGAAAUAAAAAGGUACUAAUUUACACGUAAAGAAAAAUAUAUAUAUAUAUAUAUAUACAUGUAUGCAUAUGUCAUCACGUGAUUUUGUUAAGUUUUCAAAUGGCUUAUAUUAUAUUGUAAUUUUAACCGCGUACAAAACUGUCAUUGUCUAAGCAGACGGUAAAUGAUAAAAAGAAAAUACGGUCGUACCGUAAUUGUUGAAAUAUUGUUAUAUCGACACAUGAA